AUUGCCAUCAGUUAUCUCCCAGCAUAGAAUUAAUCGACCAGUUAAUGUCAUGUCUUCCGGUGGUAUUAGGUUCGAGACUGAGUCUUCUAUUGAGGAGCGGCAGAAACAGACACAGGAGGAGUGGGAGCGAGUGAGGAAGGAAUCUGACCCCCUUCUAGCACCAGAAGUGGAAGUGUGCAACAAGUCGCUCUUCGAACAACUCCAGGAGAACAGAGGUAAACGAGACGAAGAAUUCGAAGAGAGUCGCAAGUUCAAAAACCACUUUAGAGGUCUGGAAGAAGAAGAGACCACAUUUCUGAGCGAAGUCGAAGUUCAAUCUAGAAAACAAAGAUCGAAUCUGGACUCAGAACUGAAAUCACUCAUUGAGCAGAACAAAAAUGUUGUUAUCGAGAACUUGGCGGAGCCUGUAAUUGAAACACCAGUGGUUAGUUUUUCAACUCAGAAGUUAGGGAAAAAAGACGAAACGAAAGCGGCAGGAUUGAAAAGUUUGGUUGUUAAAAAGAGAUUGACAAGCGAUCUAUCGAGUUUGGUCAAACCGAAGUUUCAAAAAUUUGAAGAAACCGUAGAAAAAACGUCAAGCAAUCAAUUCACCGAUCAAGAAAAAGAUCUCCUUUCGGAAAAAGACCGAAAAACAGAAUGUUUGAAAUCUGAAUCGGACGUGAAAGUUGAAGAAAGUGAAAAGGUUACAAAAAGGGGCGAUGUUAUAGUAACUGCGGGAUUGAGUGCGUUGGCUUCAUAUGUUGGCAGUGAUUCGGAUAUUUCAGAUUCUGAUUAAUUUUCAUCAACAAAUCUCUAGUUAAAUUGUUAACAUGAUUACACUGGUUCUGUUCAGUCUGCAAUUUCAAAUGUUUAUAUCGCUUAAAAAUAUCUGCUCAAAUCAAAAUUGGAGUUUUUGUGUUCUGUCUAAAAAUGACGAAUCCGAAUAACGAAAUCCUUUCUUGUCAAAACUCAAAUUGACAACGGUGAUUAUUUUAAGAGCCAUGAACCACAAUGUAUUGGAGUCGGGGAAAAGUUUUGGUAGUUGUUGCUGUAUUACCCUAAAAUUUACCGUAAUCGAUGUUCAGAAACGACGACAGAAAAAAAAUCGGACAAAAGCAACAUCCUCCUGAAUUUACAGCUAAAAAUUGAAAGUUAUAAAAUAGUUUACAGCUGAGAACCGAAACUGCUUGUAAAACGAAUUUUAUCUACAGAGAACAACCAUGUCCCAGUUUUUCACCAUAUGGUUAAACACAACUGCUACUGCUCGGUUUUCAUGUGUGUCGAAAACGAUUGUCAAAGUUAAUAACCUAUAUAUUAAGCAAAUGGAGAAGCAAGAUUUGCAUUCAAAAUAAGAAUGAGAAGCUUGGAAAGAUAACGAAAACUGAACGUGAAUAAUGCUUUGUAAGGCUCUUACCAAGGUU